GGUAGCAGGAACUGAAACGUGUACCUAGGAACUGUUUGUGUUAUUUGUUUAUUUAAGCAAGCAAUAUUCUAGUUUUUUACUAGUAGUUACGGAUAUGCCUAGAUACGAGCUAGCUUUGAUACUCAAAACGAUGCAAAGGCUGGAGACAGCAGCUGCUUUGCGCCGCACAGUGGAGACUCUGAUGGGGAAGGGGGCUGUUGUAAGGAGCCUGGAGAACAUGGGGGAGAAGACUCUUCCAUACAAGAUCUCCAAACACAAUCUCAGGCACACAAGAGGAGGAUACUUUUUGGUUGACUUCAGUGCUUCUCCUACCAUCAUUCCUAGUAUGUUGGACCAUCUAGAAAGAGACAUUGAUGUGAUCCGACCCACCAUUCUAAAGAAGCUACCCCAGAAGACGCAAGAAGAAUGUCCUGGACUGGUCCCCUCCUGACCACGAGGGAAAAUCCUUCUCCAAGAGAAAAUAAGCUUACAGGGUCACAUAUCCCUCUUUAUUAAGAAUGAAAUGAAUUGUGACAGUUAAUCAAAAUAAAGAUCAGAAGUUGA